CAUUUUUAUUCUUCUGUUUCUUCCACUGUGAGAACGAGCUGUGUUUAGCCCAACCAUAGGCAAGGUGCCCGUGAUAAGCUUACCCCAUUGCCUUUGAUCACAGCAUUCUGAGUGGUGACUGUCAAUAAUGACCUGGGCCUGUGUCAUGCCCAAUUCCCCCCCUGUACUAUCUGUUUCAUACCCAAACAUGGAGACCCAUUUGGCUCCAAAACUGACUGCUGAGGAUGAGAAAUGGAAGAAGUACAGCAAGCUAGUGAAGGAUUUAUACAUCAGCACGGAUGGGAAGAAAACAUUCCAGUUUGAUGAAACUCUGCCACCUUUGCCAGUGCCAGAUCUCGACUCCACUCUGGCAAAAUACCUGGAGUCUGCUGCACCUCACAUUUCUGAUUCUGAAUAUGAAGAGCUGAAGAGGUUGAUUGAAGACUUUCGAAAAGGCAUUGGAAAGGAGUUGCAGAGAGCUUUGUUGAAAAGAGCUUCUCAACAUUCUAAUUGGUUAGAACAAUGGUGGGAGGAGGAAGUUUAUUUGAAGAUGCGAUAUCCUGUGAUACCAUUCAACACCAUGCUUGGUGCUUUUGCUGUGAUAGAUCCAGAUGAGGGUGGAUAUUCCAUAGAUCCUGAAGUAACUUUUCAGGUGAACUUCUGUCCUUCAUUUGUGACUAGCAUUCCAAAGGAAUUCAGCCUGUUUCUUCAUUUUAUACUGGAAUUCUGGAACCUACUACGAGAAGAGAAGCUCAAACCUCAGGCAAACCAUCGAGAUCAGAAAUGGUCCAUGCAUCAGUUCCAUCGACUCUUUUCCUGUUCACAGAUACCCAACAAGUCUAUGGAUUCGUUUGCUCAAUAUUUCAAAACUAAAUGCCAAGGAGAAGCCCCACGACAUGUCAUGAUAUUUUGCAAUGGUCACAUUUUCUCAUGUGUCCCUUUCAAUGAUAAAGAUGAUCCACUGACACCACCUGAAUGGGAAGCAUUGAUCCUUAAUGUUUGGGAGGCAUCACUCAAACUUGGCAUGGGUCAUUGUGUAGCAGCUCUUUGUUGUCAAGAUCGUAAUAAGUGGGCAAAGGAUAGGGCACAUCUGGCACAUCUGAGUGAGAAGAACCGAGCCAUCCUGACUGAUAUAGACAGUGCUAUUUUCUCCUUGGUAUUGGAUGGAUCCAAGCCACAAGAUGCUGAUGAAACUCUGUGGCAUGCAGUUGGUGGAGACAUAUCUAACAAAUGGGCUGAUAAGAGUGUGACAUUCAUCCUUCAUCGCAAUGGACAGCGCAGCAUGAUAGCUAAUCACUCACCAUUUGAUGCCCUCACCACUGUUAUGGCAACAGACUUUGCACACAAGUGUUCCAGACAUCUAGAAUUCAGGUGGAAAGGACCUUGGGCAAUCAGGACUCAUUUGAUCCAGCCACAGAGGAGGGAAUUAGACAUUGAUGCUCUGCUAGUCUCCUCCAUUGCUGAAACUAUUCAAGCCUCACAAAAAUUGGUAGCCAUGAUCAAUAUUUGCAGGUUCUGUUUCUCUCAUUUUGGGAAAUCCUACUUGAAAACAGUCAAAUGUCAUCCUGAUGCCUUCAUCCAAGUGGCCAUUCAAGCUGGAUAUGUAAAACUUCAUGGCAGGCCUGGAGCCACAUAUGAGACUGCAACAACCCGCACCUUCUAUCAUGGGAGAACUGAGACCUGUCGCACAUGUACCAAAGAAUCGGUGGACUUUGCUCGAGCUCUCUUGGAUUCCAACAAGAAGGAAGGGGAGUUGCAUUCCAUGUUGAUGAAAGCAUUGGCUAAACACAUGGCCCUGAUGGAGGAGGCACAGAAUGGUCAAGGCUGUGACAGACACCUCUUUGGGCUUUGUCGAAUUGCAGAGGAGCUUGGUCUUUCCCAACAUCCCAUCUUCACUCACCCAUCUUGGAAAAGGAGUGGUGGGGAUGGGAAUUUUAUUCUCUCGACCAGCCUCACAGGAUAUACUGAAAAUUCUGGCUGCAUGGUAGCAAUGUGUGAAGAUGGCUAUGGAGUCUUCUAUAACAUCCUCCCAUCCAGCAUCUACUUUGGAAUGACCUCAUGGAAGCAGUGUCCAUAUACAGACAUCAAGCGGCUGUAUGGAAGCAUAGAGGGAGCUCUAGUACGGAUGCAGCAGAUUGUGUCCAGUCGGGGCCAUCUUUGAUAUGUCGUUGGCUUCAUCUUGCCAUGUUCUCCAGUUUGAGACAAGCCUUGUGGGUUUCAUUGACAUAUCUGUAAUGCUUUAGCUCUUGUAUUUCUCACUUCAUGUUCAGAGAUUUGGCAAGGUUACUAUUGGAAAGUGGAAAUGCUGGGUUCCACACACCUCAUUAUUUUGGCUAUAUGGCAUAAUAAGGCUAAGUGAACAAUUCCAGCCAAACAAUCAUGACUCAUUGUGUCUACUCCUCCCCAUUCCUGUGUUUUUUGAAAAACUUCCAGCUCCU